GCAAUCUCCGCGAAGGGGUCCUCCGAGCAGUUGGGCCGCCUCGGAGAGCUGCGGAGCGAGCGGUCGACAGAUGGCGGGGCAGGCCGGCAGCAGUCCUUCUUGGACGCCCGGAAGGAGCGCCUCGAGAUGACGUCGCGCGCGGCCGAGUCGCCAGGCGGCGCGGCAGAGGAUGCGAACCAUGGAGAUAUCGAGAUCGAGGGGCACCACACGUUGCAGCACAGCUGCUACAAGGGCGCUGGUAAAUUCCGGCUCCGCGCGAGGGCCUUCACGAUGACGCGCAACAGCCUCGCCCUCGUCCUGCCCCCGCGCCGGCGCGGCGACUUCCUUGUAUUCGUGAAGGGAAGGGCCGAGACGUAUAACAACCCAGGUCGCAUCCACCAUCGCGCAUACUUCUCCUGGCACGGCCGCAGCAGCGGCAUCGACCACUCCACGACGAACGAGUGGGUCUAUGCGGGCGCGCGGCCCCGCGUUGACGCCAACACUGAGAACCGUGGUCCGUCGGAGUGGCUGCGCGCCACCAGGCGCGGGCACUUUUAUGCGUGGGCGUGGAAGUCUGGCACUGUGUACGCAGAGACCAAGUAUGCCCCCUGGGAAGGAUUGUGGGCGCCGGAAGCAUGGCGGGAAGCCAGCCUCUGGCGGAUGCAUAAGCUGGACCACGACGCGUACCGCCAGCUUUCAGCGAAGCUGCGCGAUGGCCACGACCGACGGAUGGCCUGUCUGGAGGCCGUCGUGGCGACGGUGACUGGGCACGCAUGCAAGGCCGAGCAGUCAGCAGCACUGGCGGCGAUUCAGGCGAGAGCUAAGCCAAUGAAGCCUUUGUGCGCCGCCGUUGAAUCUUGGAUGAUGCACUUGGGUGAGGUCGAUGACUGGUAUAAAUCCCUUGUCCUCCAUGGGCCAUCCCGGACGGGGAAGUCGAGACUGGCGCGAUCACUGUUCGGCGCGGAGAAGACCCUGGUGGUCGACGCGAUGAACGCCCACGAGCCGAAUCUGCACGCGCACCGGCGAGGUGCCCACAGGGCUGCGCUGUUGGAUGAGAUGCAAGGCCCAGAUUUCAUCACCAGGACCAAGAAGCUGUUGCAGAUGCACAUCGAUGGCGCAGAGUUGGGCAAGAGCCCGACCAUGCAGCGUGCGUACCACGUGUUCGUUUGGCGAACCCCCAUCGUUAGCAAGACGAACCACUGCGCGCUGGAGGGCCUGAAUGCCGCGGGCCGGGAGUGGGCCGAGGCCAACUGCGUGGCCGUGGAGAUCUCAGAGCCAGUAUGGGAAGUGACCCCCAGCGCCGAGGCCGCUGCCCAAGGCGAGGCUAGCGCCCCGCGCAACGUGGGGUAG